AUGGACUGUCUCUCGGUGACUACCAGACAUUCACUGCGGAGGUCUGGCUCUCGACUUUGUACAUUUUCCGGCCGGAUAUAUCCCUCAACUACACUGCAUCGACAAUAUGCGCUCUUUCCGACACCCCGGCGCAUGAACGGACAAGCCAAUCGAUCCGAUCACUAUGAUACUCCAACCUCCGUGGAGGAAAUUGCGAACCCUCAGCAGGCUCAGCCGCUCUCCGGAUACUAUUCAUUGAUCCUGAAAUCCAAAUCACCGUACGGUGGUCGUGCGUCGACUUCACGACCGACGCCGCCCGUUCGGCCCGAUGCCGAACCGACGCCGGCAUCCAGCGUCACACCGCAAUCACCACAAGAAAAAAUGGCAAUUGUGUUCGGGACCCGUCUCGCUGGCCCAGGACGAUCCUCGCGCUACAGUCCUGGUGAAAUUCCCCCAGAGUCGACAUGGAAGACCAUCAACGGUGUUCCCAUUCCUCCCCAGCCCGAGGAACCGGAUAAUUGCUGCAUGAGUGGCUGUGUUCACUGCGUCUGGGAUGAUUUCCGAGACGAGAUGGAGGACUGGGCAUCCAGAGUUGCAACGGCAAAGGCCAAAGGCGGUCCUGAGAAGGGGACAAAAGACAUGCGCUCGGCGCCUAGACCCGAAGUAAGCUCGGCCAGUGGAAGCAUGGACGAUGAUGGUGGUGGCAGUGAAGCAAAUUGGUCGCCGCCCAGUCAUGGGGAUGAUCUGUUUUCUACUGUUCCCGUUGGAAUUCGGGAAUUCAUGAAGACGGAGAAAAGGUUGCGAGUGAAACAUCAGAAGGAGGCUACAGCGUGA